AUGCCGGCCAGCAUUCGAAGUUUCUGCGACCUGGUGUCGCUCGUCAGUCCCGAGGCGUUGAGCUUCGUGCAUCCCAAUGGGAAGGCGUGCGACGCGUUUAUCGGGCAGACCACGUGCCUGCAGUUGCUUGAGGAUCUUACCUGCGCGCUCACGUGCAACCCAGAUGCGAGUGCGUAUGUGAGCGCCACGGCUGCAGGCACGGUGAUCAGCGUGUGUGAGGCGUUCGCACAGGCGGUGAUGGAAGGCUGCCAGGGCAUUGACCUGGGAGAGGUGUCCCUCAGCCGAGUCGCACCGGAUCCCUCCUCCUUCAUGAGCAUAGUGGCAGCGAGCGUGACGUCACUCAUGGGCGCGGCUGACGUCACCAUUACUGUGGACAACACUGAAUCCUGUUUCAACGGCACUGGUAUCUACCCCCGCUACACUGCCUGCUGCGACCCACUCACCAUCCCCCCCACAUGCCCUCCCAACUCCAUCAACUCCUCCUACUCCUCCUCCCUCUCCUCUCGCUCCACCACCUCCUCCGCCUCCUCUCUUUCCCCCCUCCCAAGAAUCACCGAUCCUGACGCAUGCAUGCUCGGCACCCUUCCCGCCCCUGCCUCCGAACCUGCCCCGUCCUCCGAGCCUUCCCCGGGCCUCCCGCCCGAGCCUGCGCCGGCCCCUUCCGGACCUGUCGUCUACCCUGCAUGUCCGUUCACCGGCAAACCUCCGACAGUCCCUAAGAGGGUGCCGACUCGCUGCCCUGCUGCUGCGAAUAAGACGUGCUGUGCUGACUGCAGCGACUUAAGCUCGGCUUUAAGGCUUGUGGGAACGAACCUGGAGGACGUUGUGGUGCUGAUUGAUCCGAGCCUUGUGGGGUUCGUGGACUCGGGCUUUAAGAUGUGUGACAUGUUCACAGGUGGUCAGAUGUGUGAGCAAGCCAUAGAAGAUCUGCUAUGUGCCGUCACAUGUAACCCAGAUGCGGGUAACUACACCCGGGUAACAGCGGACGCCACAACAAUGUCCGUCUGCUCUUCCUACGCCGAGUUCUUCUUUGGCGUCUGCCAGGGCAUUUCCAUCGGAGCCAUCCCCCUGAGCACUCUCAUCACCUCCUCAGAAUCCUUCCUUAAUGCCAUCACCGCCAGCGUAAUGAAGGCCAUCGGCUACAGUAACUUCAACAUCGUUGUAGAGAAGGAAGCAUGCUUCAGUGGCUCUCAGCUUUUACGCGUUAACGCGUUUCGCUUGACCGCCAUUGUCGUGCUGCAUUACGGAACAUCGCACGCGCUGCUCGCAGCGGCCGUGCUGUCCUCUCAUCUCCUUGUUACACUGGUAACUUGUUCCGUCGCCGCGACUCCACCCGCGGCGCCGGCCUCCCCUAGCGGCGCGACUGCGAAUGUGUGUCCAGUAACGAAGCUUCCGCCGACUGCGCGGAAGACUCCGUCGGUCCGCUGCCCCGUGGCGGCGACCGCGUCGUGCUGCGCGGACUGCGCGGACGUGUCGGCCGCGCAAAUGAUGACCAGCGCAAACCUUUCCGCCGUGCUCACGAAUAUCAGUCCCUCACUCGGAGGCCUCGUCGAGCCGAGCGUUAAGGUGUGCGACUUGUUCGUUGGCCAACCGGAGUGCCCCUUUCUCGUCGAGGCGAUCGUGUGUGGCGCCAAUUGCAACCCCGAUUCGGGCAGCUAUGUGAACAACACCAAGGACGGCACGUCAGUCAUGUUAAUCUGCCCGAAAUUCGCUGACCGCAUCUUCAGUGCCUGCAAGGGCAUCAAACUGGGCUCGUAUGUGCUGAGCGACCUGAUAGCGGAUGCACAGGCAUUCAUCGACGUAGUUAUUGUGAACACUGUCAAGCUGGCUGGCGUGCCGAACCUUAACGUCACUGUCAGCAACAGCACAAAAUGCUUCGAAGAGCCAGCACUCGCCACGACAAGCCCAUGCGACGCUGCUGCUUCCAUUCCCCCCACUUGCACUGCUCCUGGUGGCAGCACAACCAGCACGCCUCCCCCUGCCCCUCCUCCACCUAAGAGCGGUGCUUAUUCAGUCGUGCUGAAUGUGGUUGCUGCUGCUUCGAUUGGUCUAUUUGUCAUCUCUGCUCUUCGAAAACACACCGAUGCCUACCUGGACUGCCACCUCAUGGUCACGGACCCCUUCGCCUACGUGGAGCCUAUGAAGCAGGCAGGGGCUUCCUCCUUCACCUUCCACGUGGAGGCUGUGCCAGGCAGGGCACAGCAGUUGGUGGCCGAGGUGCAUGCAGCGGGCAUGAGGGCGGGGGUGGCCAUCAAGCCUUCAACACCUGUCGAAUCAGUCCUGCCCCUCUUGGAGGGGCAGGAGGCGGUGGAUGUGGUGCUGGUGAUGACCGUGGAGCCGGGGUUUGGAGGGCAGGCGUUUAUGCCUGACAUGAUGCCCAAAGUGCAGUUCCUGCGCUCACGAUUUCCAAACUUGGAUAUUCAGGUGGAUGGCGGGUUGGGUCCAUCGACGAUUGCUCAAGCAGCAGAAGCUGGGGCCAAUUGCAUUGUCGCUGGAAGCUCCGUGUUCGGUGCUUCCGACCCGGCCGCUGCCAUUGCUGUACUCCGUGAUGCGGUGCUGAAAGCGCAACAAGGUUCGCAAUAA